CGCGCUCGCAACUCUCUCGCGGAGACCGGCGGCGGCGGGAGCGGGCUCCGGCAAGGGAGGGAGCGCAGCGCAGUGGGGCGGGGCGGGAGAAAGUGUCCGCCCGAGGACGUUGGCGUUUACGCGUGAUCGAGCGGAAGAGUUUUGGUUUUCGUGCGCGCCUUCGAAAACCGCGCCUGCUGUUGGCUGAGGGGUCCGCCCAGGAGCCUCCCCCUCCUCCGCUCGCGGCCCCGCGCCGAGCUCGCCGGUCCUCGCAAGAGUGGGCGAGGUGGGAACGCGCGCUCGACCCGCGUCCGGAGCCGCCAGCCGAGUGCCCAUGGCUACGCGGGUGCUGACCAUGAGCGCCCGUCUGGGACCUGUGCCCCAGCCGCCGGCCCCGCAGGACGAGCCCGUGUUCGCGCAGCUGAAGCCCGUGCUGGGCGCCGCGAACCCGGCCCGCGACGCGGCGCUCUUCCCCGGCGAGGAGCUGAAGCACGCGCACCACCACCCGCAGGCGCAGCCCGCGCCCCCGCAGCCUCCGCAGCCGGCGCCGCCGCCCACUGCCGGCCCGCGGCUGCCGCCGGAGGAGCUGGUCCAGACAAGAUGUGAAAUGGAGAAGUAUCUGACACCUCAGCUUCCUCCAGUUCCUAUAAUUCCAGAGCAUAAAAAAUAUAGACGAGACAGUGCCUCAGUUGUAGACCAGUUCUUCACUGACAGUGAAGGGUUACCUUACAGUAUCAACAUGAACGUCUUUCUCCCUGACAUCACUCACCUGAGAACUGGCCUCUACAAAUCCCAGAGACCGUGUGUAACACACAUCAAGACAGAACCUGUUACCAUUUUCAGCCACCAGAGCGAAACGACUGCCCCUCCUCCGGCCCCGACCCAGGCCCUCCCCGAGUUCACCAGUAUAUUCAGCUCCCACCAGACCGCAGCUCCAGAGGUGAACAAUAUUUUCAUCAAACAAGAAGUUCCUACCCCAGAUCUUCAUCUUUCUGUCCCUUCCCAGCAGGGCCACUUGUACCAGCUACUGAACACACCGGAUCUAGAUAUGCCCAGUUCUACAAACCAGACAGCAGUAAUAGACUCUCUUAAUGUCUCUAUGUCAGCCGCCAUGGCUGGCCUUAAUACACUCACCUCUGCUCUUCCGCAGACUGCAGUGAAACAAUUCCAGGGCAUGCCCCCUUGCACAUACACGAUGCCAAGUCAGUUUGUUCCACAACAGGCCACUUACUUUCCCCCGUCACCACCGAGCUCAGAGCCUGGAAGUCCAGAUAGGCAAGCAGAGAUGCUCCAGAAUCUAACCCCACCUCCAUCCUAUGCUGCUACAAUCGCGUCUAAACUGGCAAUCCACAACCCAAAUUUACCUCCCACCCUGCAAGUUAAUUCACAGAACAUCCAACCUGUCAGAUACAAUAGAAGGAGUAAUCCUGAUUUGGAGAAAAGACGCAUCCACUACUGCGAUUACCCUGGCUGCACAAAAGUUUAUACGAAGUCUUCUCAUUUAAAAGCUCACCUGAGGACUCAUACUGGUGAAAAGCCAUACAAGUGCACAUGGGAUGGCUGCGACUGGAGGUUCGCACGGUCGGACGAGCUGACCCGCCACUAUCGGAAGCACACGGGUGCCAAGCCGUUCCAGUGCGCAGUGUGCAACCGCAGCUUCUCGCGCUCCGACCACCUGGCCCUGCACAUGAAGAGGCACCAGAACUGAGGCCACCGCCUGCUGGACGCUCCGUGCCUAUGCAAUUCAUACUGACGUUAUGCAGUUCAUCUGGCAAAAUUUUAACUACAAACUUAACUAUAUAUAUAUAUAAAAAAAAAAAGAAAAAACUGGAAAUGUAUAUUUUGUAUAUUUGAGAAAACAGGGAAUAUAUUGUGUGAAUACCAAAGUGUUUGGUCAUUUUAAGAAUCUGGAAUACUUGCUGUAAGGUGUAUGGCUUUACUCAAGCAGAUUUCAUCUCACGACAGGCAGCCGCAUCUCAAUAUGAGUAGGGGGGUGGUGGGUAGGGGCAGCACGGGGUGCGUUUGCAGUGUUUUUACGUACGCACCAUCAUUUAAUGUGACAGUGUUUAGUAAACAAAUCAGUUGGGAGGCACAGGAAGGAGGAGGAAGUUUAUGUCAAGAUUUUACUUGAUAUGGGGAUAUGUUUUUCAAUAUUAAAGUAAUUCCUUGGAGGUGCCCAAUGUAUGUGGCAAUUCACAAAUAGCCAUUGAACAAAUGUGUUGUUUUUUUUUUUAACAUAUGAGUUGCAUAUUUUGCUAUUCGAAAUUUUGUAAAUAUACAAAUCAGCUUUAUAGGUUUAUUACAUGUUUUCUAGGAUUCUUUUGGGGGAAAAUCAUAAUUUAUUUGAAAAUAAGCAUGAAUACAUUUACAGUUAGGAUUUGUGGUAAGAUACCUCUCAAAAAUGUUACCAAAUUAAUUUCUCGGGGGGGGGGAGAGAUAAUCACUCAAAUGAACUUAAAAAACAAAUUUCAUGCACUGAUUAUAAUAGGAUUGUUUAUUUUAAAUACGGAAAGACAUUUUGUAUGAAUUCUGGAUGCCAGAGCUUAAGAAAGAUGGUUAAAGUAUACAAAAAGACCUCUUAAAAUAAGCUAAACAGUAUCAUUUUUAAAAAGAAGGACUUAGGAUGUAGUUUUCACAUGGCAAUGUUGAAUUUAUGAUGCAGUUUUCAUAUACUAAAAUGUUCACUCGUGCGGUACUGUCGGUUAAAUGCCAGUUUCUGUGGAUUUUGCAUGUAAUAUACGGUGAGACACAGUAAUUUUACCUAAAUUACAGUGCAGUGUAGUUAAUCUGUUAAUACUGACUCAGUGUCUGCCUUUAAAUAUAAAUGACAUGUUGAAAACUUAAGGAAGCAAGUGCUACAUAUAUGCAAUAUAAAAUAGUAGUGUGAUGCCGAUGCUGUUAACCAAAGGGCAGAAUAAAUACACAAAAUGCCAAAAGGGGUCUUAAUCGAAAAUGAGAACUUAAUUUUGUUUUUAAAAUAUUGUUUAUCUUUAUUUAUUUUGUGGUAAUAUAGUAAGUUUUUUUAGAAAACAAUUUUCAUAACUUGAUAAAUUAUAGUUUUGUUUGUUAGAAAAGUUGCUCUUAAAACGUGUAAAUAGUUGCCAAACGGUGUAAAUAAUUUUGUAAGAGGCUUCAAAUGUUUAUACGUGAAAACAUACAUACAUAAAAAGCAUAAAUCGGUUGCUGUUUUGCUUCUUUUUCCCUCUUAUUUUUGUAUUGUGGUCAUUUCCUAUGCAAAUAAUGGAGCAAACAGCUGUAUAGUUGUAGAAUUUUUUGAGAGAAUGAGAUGUUUAUAUAUUAACGACAAUUUUUUUUUUUGGAAAAUAAAAAGUGCCUGAAAUAUUCAUGUUGUGAUUUCCUUCUUCACCUACAAUAGUGAGAACAAUUAGCUAGCAGAUGCCAUUCUCAAAGCUAACUAUUUAAGAAUGUUUGAUUAGGGCAGUUAAUAAAAAAUCAAUUCCCAGGCAUUUUCCAUGAGCCACACUGAACCAACAUCUACCUGUGAGAUAGGGAUUUAUUUUAAAAAUAUAAUUAACCUUUUAAUUAGAAGUAUAAAGGGAGGCAUGAUGCAUGAAGACUUUUUUUCUGGUCACUACAGACAUUGCACUAACCUUAUUAAGAUCCUUAGUUGAAAAUAAUGCAGUAUAAUAGUUUGCUAGUAUGGAGAUUUUCUCAGAUGCAAACAAAAUUGUGUCUUUAAUAUUUUUACUUUUUUAAAGAGUGAACAUUAAAAGUUUAUUUUAUUUUUAACUCAAUAACGACAAGCACACUUAGGACCUAGAUCUUGGUUUCUAAUAGCAUUCUCCAAUAAAAACGAAGCUCCUUGGGAAAAUGGCUCAUUGUAGUACCAGCGCAGGAAAUAACGUAAAGUGAGCCUGGAGCACCUUGUAGUGCCCGAAAGUAAAGAAGGGCUAAAACUCCUGCACGUAUUUGUAAGUUUAUAUUAUAACAAUACACGUGAAUGGAUGAAAAGUCUGCAGGAGGGUUCCAAAUAAUCAUCGUAGAUACUCCACCCUUAAGGAAGUGGAGUGUAACUCAUUAGUGUAGGCUAUGUAUAGUGACCAGAAGAGAACAGUGUGGAAAGGAGAUGGGAGAGUAAUUUUACAGUGGGGAAUCCUGACAAAAUGCUACCUCAGCCAGGUGAUCAAGGUUCAUAGCAACAGUGAUAAGUCAUGUUGAUAACAUGUACCAUUGAUGUGAUGAGAAUGGCAUUUUGCCUCUGAUACUCCCCACAAACCCGUAACCCCAGUCUAAUCAUAAAUGUUACCAAAUUCCAGUUGAGGGACAUGCUACAAAAUACCGUCAAGGUCAUCAGAAACAAGGAAAAUGAGAAACUGGGACUGCCAAUAGGAGCCUAAAGAGACAUGAUGACUAAAUGUAAUGGGUUAUCCUAGAGAGGAUGAUGAACAGAAAAAGACAUUAGGGGAAAGGUGGGGGAGUAUGAAAUAUGGAUUUCAGUGAAAAAUGUAUCAACACUGGUUCAUUAAUUGUGACAAAAGACCUCGUGCAGCAAUGGUUUAGUGCUCUACCGCUAACCGAAAGGUUGGUUGGAAUCCACCCAGCAGCUCUGCGGGAGAAGGACCUGGCAAUCUGCUCCCGUAAAUAUUACAGCCUAGAAAACCCUAUGGGGCACUUCUCUGUCACAUGGGGUCAGCAUGAGUCGAAAAUCAGCUUGAAGGUACCUAACAACAAUUGUGACAAAUGUAUCAUACUAAUGUAAGAUGUUACUAAUAGGGGAAGUUGGAUGUGGCGUAUAUGGGAAUUCUCUAUUACUGCUUCCUUAAAGAUUACAGACUUGGAAAUCACAUGGGGCAGUUCUACUCUGUCCGACAGGGUCACUAUGAGUUGGAAUUGUCUUGAUGGCAACAGGUAGUAUCUUGCUUAGCACAAAGUCUAGCAAAAUAAAUAGCCAUCACUGUAUCAUUAAUAAAAGUCGAUUUUACUGAUAAAGUGAUAGGAUGUAGUACAGUGGUUCUCAAAUUUUGUUGCACAUUAGAAUUUCCUGGGCAUCUUUUAAAAAAAACCCUGAUGCCUGGACCUCACCCCAGACCAUUAAAUUAGGAUCUGUGAGCACUGAGCUUGGGCAAUGAUAUUUUGUGAAACUUUCCUGACCGUGCAUUAAAUCUCCUCUUGUUUUUCAAUCUAUUAUUAUUAUUUUCUUUAUUAACUUUUAUUGAGCUUCAAGUGAACGUUUACAAAUCAAGUCAGUCUGUCUCAUAUAAGUUUACAUACCUCUUACUCCGUACUCCCACUUGCUCUCCCCCUAACGAGCCAGCCCUUCCAGUCUCUCCUUUCGUGACAAUUUUGCCAGCUUCCCACUCUCUCUAUCCUCCCAUCCCCCCUCCAGACAGGAGAUGCCAACAAAAUCUCAAGUGUCCACCUGAUAUAAUUAGCUCACUCUUCAUCAGCAUCUCUCUCCCACCCACUGUCCAGUCCCUUUCAUGUCUGAUGAGUUGUCUUCGGGGAUGGUUCCUGUCCUGUGUUCAAUCUAUUAUGAACCUUAUUUUUUGUCAAAGAGGCAGUGAGUUCUGUACCAAGAGUUCUCAUUGUGCCUUUCCUUAUUUUAGGUGCAAAACACACGUACUUACAGCCAUAACUACAAACUUUAACCCAUUCACUAGGCUAGGGAAAAUAUAACCUAACACAGUUAUUUAAAAAAAUAAAAGUUUUACUAAAUAGACAAUAGAUAAGUGGUAACUUUGGUGAAGGGUAAGACAGCAUACAAUACUGGGGAAGCCAGCACACAAUACUGGGGAAGCCAGCACAACUUGUCCAAGGCAAGGCCAUGGCAGCUCCCCAGACACAUCCAAACUCCCCGAGGGACUGAAUUACUGGGCUGAGCGUUGUGGGGCCCAUGGUCUCGGGGAACAUCUAGCUCAAUUGGCGUAACAUAGUUUAUAAAGAAAAUGUUCUACAUUCUACUUUGGUGAGUAGCAUCUGGGGUCUUAAAAGCUUGUGAGUGGCCAUCUAAGAUACUCCACUGGUCCAACCUUGUCUGGAGCAAGGGAGAAUGAAGAAAACCAAAGACAAGGGAAAGAUUAGUCCAAAGGACUAACAGACCACAACUACCAUAGCCUCCGCCAGACUGAGUCCAGCACAACUAGAUGGUGCCCGGCUACCACCACCGAUUGCUGACAGGGAUCACAAUAGAAGGUCCCGGACAGAGCUGGAGAAAAAUAUGAAACAAAAUUCUAACUCAUAAAAAAAGACCAGACUUACUGGCCUGACAGAGACUGGAGAAACCUUGAGAGUGUGGCUCCCAGACACCUCUUUAGCUCAGAACUGAAGUUACUCCUGAGGUUCACCCUUCAUCCACAUAUUAGACAGGCCUAUGAAACAAAACGGGGCUAAAGGGGCACAACAGUCUAGGGGCAAGGACUAGAAGGCAGGAGGGGACAGAAAAGCUAGUGAUUGAAAACCCAAGUUUGAGAAGGGAGAGUAUUGACAUGUCGUGGGGUUGGUAACCAAUGUCACAAAACAAUAUGUGUACUAACUGUUUAAUGAGAAGAUAGUUUAUUCUGUAAACCUUCAUCUGAAGUAAAAUAAUAAAAUAAAAAUAUAAAAGUUUUACUGAUGUAAGUUUGAAUUUGCUGACUUUGUUUAUCUGCCACUUCGAAUUGUCUCUAAAAGUAGAUGGGGUAUAAAUUAUGAUAUAGAUAUUAUAGAAUUAGAUGCCUUUCGGGAGAAUAACCCCCUCAUUUGGUUUCAUGAAGACAGAGUCACUUCUUUUUUUUGUCUUCAUUAUUGUACUUUAGAUGAAGGUUUACAGACCAAGCUAGCUUCUCAUUAAACAGCACACAUAUUGUUUUGUGACAUUUGUUACCAACCCUAUGACAUGUCAACACUAUCUUUCUUGAACUUGGGUUCCCUGUUAACCAGCUUUCCCAUCCCCUCCUGCCUUCUAGUCCUUGCCCCUGGGCUGGUGUGCCCCUUUAGUCUUGUUUUGUUUUAUGGGCCUGUCUAGUCUUUGGCUGAAGGGUGAACUUCAGGAGUGAUGACUUCAUUACUGGGAGAUAUUUUCACUUUUAAUUUCAAGUUUUCUCAUUAUCUGGCUCUGCCCCAAAAUUGUGCUAAGAAUUUGAAUGUGAAAAACUGCAACCUGUUUUACAAUGCCUGUCUGAAGGAGAGAACCUUAAGUGGAUAUCAAAAUGGCUGAUUCUAUCACUCUAGCCUCUUCGUACAUAAAUAUCAUUAGUUUUACCUCCUAGGGAGCCCUAGUGAUGCAGCGGUUAAGCGUUUGGCUGCUAACCAGAAGGUUGCAGUUCGAAUCCACCAGCCAUUCC